AUGGCUCAAUCUACAUCUGAUGCAACCAGUGCACCUACAAAACCUUCAACCAAUCCAGGCAGUUUUGAAGAGCUGCAUCGUAAAACCCGUGAUGUCUUUCCCAUGUGUUUUGAGGGAGCUAAGGUGAUGGUGACCAAAGGUCUCAGCUCCCAUUUCCAGGUUUCUCACACGUUGUCGAUUUCUCCCACGAAUACAGGGUAUCGAUUUGGUGCCACAUACGUCGGCACAAAAGUAGCCGGACCACAGGAACAAUAUCCAAUCUUUCUAGGAGACACUGAUGUCUCUGGAAAUACUACUGCAACAGUUUUACAUCAAUUCGGGGAUAAUUACCGUUUACGCGUGCAGGCUCAAGUACAGCAAAACAAAAUCGUUGGAGCUCAAGGAGGGCUUGAAAGAAGAGGUCGUUUAACUACGUUUGGUUUAACAUUUGCCAACACUGAUCUCGUCAACGAGAGCGGCGUAAUUGUUGGUCAGAUGUUGCGGAAGCUGACCAAUAGACUUGACGUCGGCGCAGAAAUUCUUUAUCAGUAUGGAAAACAAAUUCCAGGCCAACAAGUGUCCAUGUUGUCAUAUGGAGCUCGUUAUACCACACCGAUUUGGACAGCAGCAGCAACUCUAGGCUCUUCAGGUGCUCAUUUCACCUACUAUCACAAGCAGGCCGAGAAUCUUGCAUUCGGUGUAGAAUUUGAAAGCAAUUCCAACGUUGGCGAG